UCUCCAAAUUCGGUCCAACAAACUCUCGAGUCUCGACCGAACAAUGGGAAGUGGUGCGAACACCGACGACAGGAGAUACUUCAAGCAUGUUAUCCCAUUACCGAAGACCAGAGCUACUCCAAGCAUCUUCGAUUUCGAGCCGGAGGAAUCCAGUGAGUUGGAGAGGCCCAAUCAAGCUACAAUCUCUGGGAACACAGGUGUUCCCAAGGGAUUAAGAAAGGAUGGUAGACCACCUCUGGUGAAGCUAACAGCAGCUAGACUUUUUCGUCCACCAAUGGUCAAAUUUGAAUCAUUUGAUGACAAUCAGACAGAUUGUAUAAUGGGCAAUGCAUUUGGUAGAGAAUCCUUGGGUCUGGGCAAUACACAAAACAAAGGAGAAUUCUUGCAAAAGGGGGCACAAAAAGGUCUACACUCAUCAAGACAGUUGCCUUCUCAAAGCCCUGCGUCUUCCACUUACUCAGAUCCUCACAUUUGGGAAAAUAUGGAAAGCUUCUCUGCCAAAACCAUGAAAGAGUCUAUCUACUAUCCAUCAAGGGAUGAUCCAGAUUCCGUUGAAAUUUGUUAUAAACACAUCAAGUGCCUUGAUCCUCAAACACCCUUGACAUCACCUGUUAUGAAUUUUUACAUACGAUAUCUACAUCAACAAGCAUCUUCCAGUAGGGCAACAUUUCAUUUCUUUAAUACCUUCUUUUACAACAAGCUCAGAAAUGUUGUAUCAGAACAGAAGAACAACAAGAAAAACCCUUUUGACAAGCUUAGAAGGUGGUGGAAAGGUGUUCAUUUAUUACAGAAGGCAUACAUACUUAUUCCUGUAAAUGACAUGUUUCAUUGGAGUCUAGUCAUUAUCUGUAUCCCUGACAAGGAAGAAUCACAACCAAUUGUUCUUCAUUUAGAUUCGUCAGGACUCCACUGUAGCAGAUCAAUUUUUCAAAAUAUUACAAGCUUUUUGAAAGAAGAGUGCUGCUAUUUGGAUCAUGAAGCUGGUCUUUCAGAUCUUCCAAUUUCAGGCUAUUGGAAAUACCUUUGUGACCAUAUUGAGGAGAAAGUUCUCGAGGUCCCACAACAGAAAAAUCACUAUGAUUGCGGUCUCUUUGUACUUCUCUUUAUGGAGCGCUUCAUUGAAGAGGCCCCUGAAAGGCUGCAGAAGAAAGAUUUAGCAGUGUUUGGUCGGCAUUGGUUCAAACCUGAAGAGGCUUCGAUUCUGAGAAGUAAAAUCCGGAAGUUACUCAUGGAGAAAUUUCGAAAUGAAUCUUCUAAAAAAUGAAUCGACACCUGGGAGCCUUUCUGAAUAUACAUAGUUGGUGCAUAUGAUUUGCUCCUAAUUUCUUUUGUGGGUAUAUCUGUAUAAAUGACUUUUUGGAGUUUCCAAUUUCACAAAAAGAGAGUGAAUACCAUUGCCCUGGACAAGGCUUAGAUCUAAGUCAUUUACUACGUCACUGAUCAUUUACUUGAAGAUGACAUUCAACUAUGUAGUACAAAACAGAACUAGUGAUGGACUUCUAGGUAUUGUAUGGUGUACAUUGUACCGGUUAAGCUUGUAAGAGUGU